AUGGUACCAAAGCUUGGUGACAUCUUUGAAUCCCCUGCCCAACUUAAGUUUUGUGUCACCAAUUAUGCAGUCUCACAUGGCUAUAGAAUAUACUUUGAAAAAUGUGAUAGUAAAAGAAUUGUAGCUAGAUGUGGAAAUAGGAAGGAAGAUAAUAAAUGCCUUUUCAGAAUUUAUGCUACAUGGAUGUACAAAGAAAUAUCUUUUCAGAUCAAAGCUAUGAAUAGUGACCAUAAUUGUUCUAGGCAGUUUAAGUUUGGAUCCAUUGUGUCCCCUGAAUGGAUUGGAAGACAUUAUGUGACUGAAAUUGCAAAUAAGCCAAAGAUGAAACUUCAGGAAAUGAUUGACGACAUCAGACAAAGGUAUAGGUGUGUGGUAUCUAUAGGACAAGUUAGAAGGGCAAGGAAAUGGGCCAAAAAUUUAAUAGAAGGUAAACUCACUGAGCAUUAUGCAAGGAUAUGGGAUUAUGCCUAUGAAUUGUUAAGGUCAAACCUGAGGUCCACAUGUCAAGUUGGUGUAACAACCAAUCCAGAUGGAAAGAAUUAUUUUCAUAGGUUUUACAUUUGUUUCAAAGCACUAAGUGUUAGCUGGAAAAGAGGAUGUAGGAGAGUAAUUGGGCUAGAUGGGUGCUUUCUAAAGGGGCAGGUGAAGGGUGAACUGCUAACAGCCAUUGGUAGAGAUGCCAACAACCAGGUUUAUCCAAUUGCUUGGGCUGUUGUUGAUGUGGAAAAUAAGUCCAACUGGACUUGGUUCCUUGAGCUACUCAGUGGUAAUCUAGACCUUAUUGAUGGAAAGGGGUUGGUAGUUAUAUCAAAUCAACAUAAAGGUUUGUUGCAAUCUAUUAAAGAUAUAUUGCCACAUGCGGAGCACAGGCAAUGUGCCCCACACAUAUAUGCAAAUUUUAGAAAAGCUUACAUUGGGUUGGAGUUCAAGAAGCUGUUUUGGGCUGCAGUUAUGAGCUGUGUGGUAGGUGAUUUCAAGAGACAUAUGGACAAAAUUAAAAAGCUCAAUACUAGUGUAUAUGAGCAUCUGAUGUCCAAAGAAACCCAAACAUGGUGUAGAGCUUACAUGAGUAUAGGGUAUGCAUGUGAGGCAGUGGAGAAUGGUAUAUCAGAGUGCUUCAACUCCAUCAUUGUAGAUGCUAGGAAAAAAUCAUUGAUCACAAUGCUUGAAGAAAUAAGGAUAUACAUCAUGGAUAGGUUUCCUCACAUGAUUGAGGAAAGCACUAAAUGGAAUACCCGUAUAUGUCCAGCAGUGUUAAAGAAGAUGAAGCUUUUUGGGAAGAACAUGAGGUUUUGGUUAAUAAUUGAUAGUCAACAACAUGUGUUUAAAGCAAGGAGAGGAUGUGAUAGCUACAUGGUGGAUUUAGAUGGAAGGCAUUGUACCUGCAGGUUAUGGGAUCUGGCUGGGAUCCCAUGUGUUCAUGCCAUUGCAACCAUCAACUAUAUCCAUCAAACAUCUGAGGAGUAUAUUGAUGACAUGUUUUCCAAGGAACAAUUCCUUAAGUGUUACUCUGCUAACAUUAGUCCAGUGAAUGGUUCAAAUCUAUGGCUUCAAACUGAAUACAUAAAGCCCUUGCCACCAGUGUCAAGGAGAAUGCCUGGUAGGCCAAAGGUCAAUAGAAGGAGACAUGUAACUGAAAAUGAUGGAAGAGUACACACCCCAAGAACUGUAAGGUGUGGUAAGUGCUUUGAGUAUGCCCAUAACCAGAAGGGAUGCAAGAAUGCAACCAGGGAACCUAUCCCUAUGCCACCAAAGAAGAAAUGA